GGCGAAGCAAAAUGUUCAGCCCGCUGUCGAGAUGGCAGAGAGUCGGGGGUUUUUGACUACAAGUGGAGUCUUUUUACGAUACAUUGGCCGGGGACCUCUCAAAUUUUUCACCUCCUCAAAAUGAGACCCUUGACAUCCAACCCCUAUAUGAAAGCCAGAGAAGCAGCACGGCAACUCCCUCGGAGCUUCCUGAAUUGGAGCUUUGCACAUAUCACAUGUCGCAGUCGUGCUUUUGUCCGCAACUCUUCCAGUCAUGCAGCCUGUGAAGCAACAGUUGAUGGCAGAGCUCGACUAUCUAGGAUAUGGGUCCCCACUGGGGGGAUUGCUCCGUCUUCGGCUGAAGAUCCUCACGUGAAACUCGUUCGAGCUGGUUUCCUUCGACAGGCGCAUUCUGGUGUCUUUCAUAUGCUACCUUUGGGUCGCAGAGUCCAAGAUAAGCUGGAAGCCUUGAUCGACAAGUACAUGUACCAACUGGGCGCCUCCAAAUUGGCUCUAUCUUCUAUUUCAUCUGAAGAAAUAUGGUCAAAGAGUGGUAGAUUGGAAAAGGCUGGUUCUGAGCUGUUUCGGUUCAGGGACAGGAAGGAUGUGCAAUAUCUCCUCUCCCCCACACACGAAGAGGAGAUUACUUCCCUAGUAUCAAGUACUGUGAAAUCCUACAAAGAGCUCCCGAUUCGUCUUUAUCAAAUAUCUCGAAAGUAUCGUGAUGAACGGAGGCCCAGACAUGGACUCCUUCGUUCUCGAGAAUUCAUUAUGAAAGAUCUAUACACGUUUGACCUGAGUCCAUCCACGGCUCUUGCGACAUACGACCAAGUCCGUAAGACAUAUGCUCGCUUGUUCGAUGAAUUGAAGCUCCCAUACCUAGUGGCUGAGGCUGACAGCGGCGAUAUGGGGGGCAAUUUAAGCCACGAGUUUCAUUUUCCCACUUCAAAAGGAGAGGAUCAUGUCAUCAGUUGCUCGAACUGUGAUUAUGUAGCCAAUGAGGAGCUUGCCGAGAGCCCAGUUCCAGACCCGGGCAGCAGGACUGUUGGUAGCGGAUCCGGAUCGACGAAUGGAGACCUCAAUCAGCCGGAGGUGAAGAUACUUGUUUGGCGGGGUAUAUCUCGAGACAGGCGCACACUUGUCAAUGUUUGGUAUCCAUCGCCAGCCACAUCUGAUCUGGCUACAUCAACCAUUCCAGAAGUCAACGUCCAUGCUGUUAAAGCAGUAUUCCCGGACUUAGACGCCUCUGUUGAAGACCCAAUUUUGUUAUGGGAAACCUUCAUUGGCGGUUCUCGUAGGAAUGGAAGCGCCAAAGUCGCUCGAACUACACUCCUAAACCUGGUUGAUUGUCGUCUACCCGAAUAUGCCCAGUCGAGUAUCAUCACAACAGAUUCCCAUUUACCAGUCUGGCCGAAGUCAAUGGAAUUUUUGCCGCUUGAGACGGAUAUGGUAUUGAUAAACAAGGAUCCGUCCACCCACCAACCGCUCAACUUGCUCCGCAUUGCUGAUAGAGACGCUUGCCCCCGUUGCUACGAUGGAAGAUUAAAGGUCCAAAGAGCCAUAGAGCUCGGACACACCUUUCAUCUCGGUACACGAUACAGCGAACCCCUGUCAGCAACCGUCAACGUACCAGCCGAUGACUCAGGCGCCUUCAAGAUCGAAGCAGCGCUUUCAAGUCAGGUUCCGAUGCAGAUGGGUUGCCAUGGUAUUGGUGUGUCACGUAUGAUUGGAGCUGUUGCAGACACCCUUGCCGAUGACAAAGGUCUGAAUUGGCCGCGAGUUAUGGCACCAUUUGAGGUGGUGAUUGUCCCAGGCAAAGGCUUGGACGAGGCCGCCUUGAAAGUCUACGACGUGCUUUGCAGAGUACCAACUGGACCGGGCAAUUCUCAACUGGAUCUGAUCCUUGACGAUCGGGAAACGUCAUUUCCCUGGAAGAUGCAAGAUGCAGAUUUGGUGGGCUAUCCCGUAAUUGUCGUUGUCGGGAGGAGGUGGAAGGCGGAGAAUUUAUGUGAGGUUCAGUGUCGAAGGUUACAACUUCGUCAGGAAGUAGCUAUUGGAGAGCUAGCAGACUUUGUCCGAUCUGUUCUAGCGCAGCUCUAGUCUUCGAGAUUUUGAGGGAAAUUGACCCAUAUCUCCUCUCACACUGUUGUUUGGCUCUAGCUUGCUCGUGUGCUAUUCACUGCUCUCAUCCACCACCAUUUUUGUUGAUUUGUGCAAAAACUUCGAGAGUAAUCGGG